CGGAGGUUGUAUUUUGAACAUAACAUAAGACCGAGUCGUCUUUCUCCCGCAGAAAGCGGAGCCUGUCGGGACAAAUGAGUGUCGUAGCUGCCUGACACUCAACACUAUGCGGCUUUAGCAGCUCCAAAGAGCUUCAUUUCACAUUUUAUCCACCUCGGCUAAUCCCUGAUGGUGUUGGGCUGUCAGUCUAGGCAUGACAGCGUAACUUCCGCAACUAGCUCAAUGGUUAGCUCGCUUAGCUGAUUGACGUCCCCCUCCUGCAGACAUUACGUUCCAAACAAAAGGCCCCUCCAAUUUCAAGCAUCUUCACGGACGACCAAAUUGAAAACAGCAGCGAAAUGGACAACAUUUUGGGCAGUAUCAGUCCGGUCGGCGCCAUUUCCAGAAGCAGGCCUGACGACAUCCAUGGCCUUUCCUGCAGGUCUUUGUCGGAUGCGAACAUCCAUUCGGCUCACCGCAAGAAGCUCUUCUCCACAGGACCCGCGGCGGUCCUCUCGCCUAUCACCAACUUGGCCAUGGACAUGGACAAACUAGUAGGAUUGGGAAGCGAAUUCGACACACCGAAGAGAAAGAAGCAUGCUCUCUUGGAAAAGGUCCCCUCUUUUGCCUCAGACGUCUCUUCUGACGCUGGCCUCGGCAUGGAUUCCCCCAGCCCUACGGAUGCCCUGGAAAUGGAUGAAAGGUUUGAGAAGGCCAUUCAACAGUCCAGCAGAGUCAGAGACAAGAUGCCAAUUCGACGAAACAACUCAUUACCACUGCAUCUCCUGUGCUUCAGCCCGUCUCUGAAGGGACCCGAAAGUGAAUCUCAUCGCUACGGAACAUUUGGCCAACCGCUCACCCACAUCAACGUGACCUCGUCUUCUCAAUGUGACAAGGAAAAUAAUUCUCAGGAGUGCUUUGAGUUCAAGAAACCCACCAAGCCAGUGUCCCGCUGCCGCUUGCAUUCCUGCAACAGCGGGCAGUCAAAGGACGCAUUUGCCCACCGCCCCAACUCCGCGCCGGCCCUCUUGCUGUCCUCGCCUACUCCUGUGCAGAAGCUGGAAUUCAAUGACAGCAGCCCCUUGUACCUCAGACGUUCCUCUCUCACUUCUGUGCUCGGCGAUGACGACGACGACGACGGCUUUCUAGAUGUGCUGGAUGACCACAUGGAUAACGACGUGGGCAUGCCAAAGGGAAUGGACAGUCUGCUGACAGCACCCCUUGUUGCUGACAGCUUGGAAGAAGAUCCACCUGUGAACGGCUGGCGACGCCGCAAACUUUUCCGCUCCCCUUCCAUGCCCAACCCGGUGUCCCGCACCUCUGGGAAACGUUCUGAUUGCCACAGAGACGAUGGUACGCCUGUGCGGGUGAAGCGGCGCCGCAGCCUGGCCAGAUCUGAGGUUUCCUCACCGGAGCAUGAUGCCCACUCCCCAAAGGCGGCUUUCUUAAAGCUGCAGAGGUCCAAAUCAUGCCAGUUGGAGAUCGAGAAAAUGCUCGACAUUGACGUGUCUUCCCAGCUAAUCGGUGACUUUACCAAACCCUUGGCCUUGCCAACAGUGGAUGGCCACCAUCAGGACCUCAAAUACGUGAUAUCGGACACAGUGGUUUCGGCUAUGACUGGUAAAUUCAGUCACCUCGUCGAACGGGUCAUCGUUAUUGACUGCCGCUACCCUUACGAGUACGACGGAGGGCACAUAAAGGGCGCCUUGAACCUGUACCUGGAAGAACAGGUGCAGGACUUCCUCCUGCGCACUCCCAUGACCUCGUCCUGCCCAGACAAGCGCAUCAUCGUCAUCUUCCACUGCGAGUUCUCAUCCGAACGCGGGCCACGGAUGUGCCGCUUUGUGCGGAAGCAGGAUCGCACCAUGAACGACUAUCCAGAACUCUACUACCCGGAACUCUACAUCCUGAAAGGAGGGUACAAGGAAUUCUUCCUGCUUUUCAAGACACAAUGUGAGCCAGAGUGCUACCGGCCCAUGAAGGACCAGGAUUUCCGGGAGGACCUGAUGAAGUGCCGUAUGAAGAGCCGCUCCUGGGCCGGUGAGCGCAGCAAGCGAGACAUGUACAGUCGGCUGAAGAAGUUCUGAGUGCUAUGCCCCCUUCCCCAUUCAUGCCAAAUCAGCUAUUUAUUCCCAAUGAGAGCAGUAAAUGAGUUGUCAAACCACUUCCUGCACAUACAUGUCUCAGGACAAUUUUGCAUCAUCCUGCCCCUCCCACCACCACCUUGACAAGCACUUCAAUCAUCAUACUUUUUAUACUGCCUAUUAUAUAUACUUCUAAGAUUCCCUCCCCUCCUUAUAGAAAAUAUCAACCACACUGUUUUAAACAAUAACUGUGGGCUUUUCUAUUUUGAUUUUACCCCCACCCCAAAGCCAUUGGCUCGUCUCCCUGAUCAGCCGCACCCCGUUUUUGUGCUCAUGGUCCCAAAAACCCAGCAAAGCAACUCGCAGCAAGACUGUUGACAUUCUACAGUAUCGCUAAGUGUUAGCGGAGGAUGUUUUUCUUUUUGUUUUUCUUCCAGGAUGAGACUGGACAUAUUUGCUAAAAUGUGGGAUUUUGUCAACCGCUUUCAAUUUGGGUGCGGCAGCUCUUGGGAGAACUGCUGAAUAAAGCCCCCGGGUGUGAUCAA